GGCAGACGAUGAGCGACUCUCACCAACCGAUUUGUACGCGACGUAAAUAGAUCCUCGAUGUUCAUGCUAAUAUCUCACAAAAUACUAAAUAUUUUAACAAAUUUUAAAAGGUUAUACCUUAGUUUAAAGUAUUCUAAGAGAAUUGUAGCGAUUAGUAUGAGAAUAGUUGUGUUUUAGCGAUCUCGGUUUUUGAUGCUACGGCGUAUGAAUAUUACAUUGGCGUCAACCUGGCCUCAGCUGUUUCCCGCCAAACGCCGCUACCAGAAAACUGCUGUGAGGCGUAGCGUAUGUUGGUUGUCCCGCGCUGCAACCUACUAUCAGUGAAUAAUUGUGAUUAACAAAUUUACAUUUAAUUGUCAGUGAUUGAAAACUCGUUAGUUAGUGCGAAAUAUGUCUGUUUACGUCAUGAAAGAAGAUAUAGUGUACGACGAAGGCAAUAGUGAUCAGAAGGACGUUUUGGGAAAUAUAUCCAGGUACGAACAUACUUUUUGAACAACUACUAGAUUGCCCACAUCAGACAUAUCCUUCAGGAUAAACAAGGGCGGGGAGCCGCCAACGGCCACGAUGGAGCAGGAGAAGCGAAUAAGGCGGGAAAUCGCCAACAGUAACGAAAGGAGACGUAUGCAGAGCAUCAAUAACGGGUUUCAGUCUCUGAGGAACCUUUUGCCACAUCAUGAGGGAGAAAAAUUGAGCAAGGCGGCAAUCCUCCAACAAACGGCUGAAUAUAUCUACUCAUUGGAACAGGAGAAGACCAGACUUUUGUCACAAAACUGUCAGCUGAAACGGCUAGUGAACCAACACGAAGGCGGCGAACUGCCACCCAAGAAGAGAAAGACUGAAUUGAUAAUUCCCACCAUUACGGCAGAAUCAUCAGACGAGGGCAUAGGUUCAAUGUCACCGGAACUCAUCGUAGUAAACCAACAACCUGAUAACACCACGGAGCUAAAGCAACAAUUAGAGCAGGAACGCAGCCUGCGGUUGCUAUUAGAAGACCAAGUGCGGCAGCUGGAAGAACAGCUCUUUCAAUCGCAGCGUCAACCGCAACCGCAAUUCUUGGAAUUGGAGGACACCGAUGCUGUUGGUAUGCAACUGAUAGCCGCGGAGAGUUUACCCAUCGGUCACACCCAGACGGUGGUAUGUAGUGCGUCGCCCGCCAAUUCCAGAAGUUCCAGUCCUAUUCCCGUGAUGCCAGAACAACAGAGGUUACCGUCGGUGUUGGAAGCGGCGAUUAAAGCUGAACCUAAGGUCGAAGUCGAAAGACUGCCCUCGCCGAACACUUCAACGCAUGAAGACAACAGCCGAGUGUACAACAUUUCAAACACUUCCAGGCAGAACCUCGAGACAAUCGUCGAGGCCAUCAGACACCUCGAAGGCAGUCAUAUGUUCGACGACGAACAAGAUGUCCCGCUUGCACUUACCACCAGAUCUGCGGAUAUCAAGCCGGACGUUCAUGCGGCCUACCUCGAGUUCAAUGCCACGACAGUUCAGCAAUACCAACAAUCCAGGCCGGGAGUGAUUGUCGUGAAACAAGCGUCGUGAUCGAAAAUCAUUCACUUCGCCAGUCUGCCAUCUAGCGGACAGGCGAGGAGACAGGACUAAAAAGUGACGGCUCCGGGCUCUUAGGUUACGUAGGGCCCGCCAUCUCGAUUAUGUUAAUCCAAAUAUAGCAAAAAAAAAUGUUAACGACAACGUUGAGCGCCAUUUUUUAUUUAAAAAUAUAUAAAAAUGGGCUGGCCUUUCAUGUGAAUGUUCUUUUUCUCUCUAAUUUAUUUUGUUCGUCCCUGUUAGAUUUAAGAGCCGGUGAAAUUUUCGUUACGUCAUUAUGCAACUGUUAAUUUAUUUCUAAUUUUUACUUUUUUUUUUAUUUUUAAGAUCGUUUUUGUAAACACUAGAUCUCGGAAGAUAAUUGAGGCCCUCAGAGCAACACUGGCCUAAGCCACAAAUUGAGCGUUUUUAGAUUAAUAUAUCAAUAAAAGCAGCAACAUUAAAUCUUCCAAUAUUUGGCUAGAUGGCGCUAUGAAAUUUGUAGCGCCUUCCCAUAAACAUAAUGGGAAUAAAAAUGCAAAGAUUGCAUUUAUCUCAAAACUUCGUUUUUGGGCUUAGGCCACUGUUGCUCUGACAGCCGCAAUUGUAAGAGGUACAAAUAAAAUUAUUUUAACAGAAACAAAAAUAGAUUUGAAAAAUCUAAUGUUUUUAUUGAUGUAAUUGUUCUAAUUCAGAUUUUCCGAGGUUUGAUGUACUCCUCAGUAGAAAAAUGUUAGAAUGAAGUAACUAAAACGUUCACUAGCUCAUAUGCUAUUGUUAACCCCAUCCAAAUCUGAAAUUUCGUAAUUUUUGGGCUACAUAAUUUAUAAUAAAAAAAUUAUUGGCUAUCAGUUCAGGCGGGAUCUCUUUUGAAGUGGUCAAUUUCCAUAGGAGUAUUUUUUUUCCUGGAGUUUACAAUGCACCUUGUAUCGAAUCGAUAAUCACGACAUGCGCCGGUCGCAAACAUUGUGCUUAAUUGUUUAUUUAACAAAAUCUGAAAAUAAUCUACAUUUUGAAUCGACAUACAUGAAUAGAGUCGUCUGAAUUUUGAUUAUUAACGGCAUAAACUGAUAUAAGUAAAGGUAAAGUUUUCAAUCCUAAUAGCAACAUUAAUGAUAUUGAAAAAUAUUAAAAAUAUUACUAAAAGAUUUUUAAAUUGAAAACUUAUUGGUCCAUUUCCCUGGUGACACCUCCAAGGCUUCUACAAUUUGCAAGCCAGAUGGAUGCUGUAGUGAAGACAAAGGGAAGGAAUUCUAAACGUUGCAAUUCACAACCCCCGUCUGUAGCUUGGUAAAGUUCCAACGGAAAAUGGACCUAGUUACUCUGUAGGAGUAAUACUAAUAUAAAAUAAAAAUGUAUACCAUUUAUAUUCAGUUGCAAUGCGAAGGCAAAACAAUCCUAUUUUUCACUUAGAAUAGGGAGCGCAUUCCAGCACUCUGAAUUGACGAUUUUCGACUCUUAUUGGAGUCAUCAUCGGAGAGGCGUAGGCCUGCUGCUCUCUACUAGAAUUGACCAACCAUGGAAGUUUAUACCCACACUGGGGAUAAGCAGCAGCCCUACGCCUCUCCGUAAAAUGUAAUUUCCAUAAACUUUAAUACAAUUUACACCGUUAUUAAUCGAAAUUCAGAGUUGGCGCAAUGAUAUGAAAUGAUUUUAAUUUUGAGACGAAUAUAUUUAUGUAAAUUUUAUCAUAUUUGCAAAAUAGUUAUGUAAAAACUAUUUAUACAAAUUAUAAAACGAUUAUAACCUACAUGUUUCAGUUGUGUUAAAAAGUUUUUCUACACGGAAUAUGAAGGCUAUAAGUUGUGUUUAAGGGGUUGAAAACAUUUAAAGAAAAAACUCCCAUUUUUUGCACUUUUUCCCCAUGACUGCUAUAUUUUAAAUAAUAAACAUUAAAUUUUCAAGUUCUAGCUAGCCAAAUAAUAUGUAAAAUUGAAAAAUGCAACUUUUUCCUUCUCAAUUUUUUUAGGAGCAUAUCUCUAGAGUUUUAGACGAAUAUAUGGGCGCACAAAGCAAAAGUUUUCAAUUUUUUCAGAUUUGUUACAUAGAAAAUUAAGCUCAAGGUUUGGGACUGGCGCCAAUCGUGAUUAUUGAUACAGGGUAGAUCCUGAAGCUGAAGUGAUUCCAUAGCAAAAAACUAGACUCGUAUGGAAAAUGUCCAUUAUCGUCUGAUUUUAAAUCCCGCCUGGACUAUAUGAAAGAUGGAAGGAAGUGUUUUAGCUAAAAAAUACAUGUUUUGGCCGUCUGAAAGUUGUAUUACCACGUAAACAAUUUUCUUUUGUUGGUAGAAAGUACCGGUCUCGAAAUAAAAUAUAAUUUGGCACUAAAUAGUUGAUAAGUGUUCGGAUGUGACAAAAACCUAUUAGUAUUUAAUAUUUUUUACCAACAACGGCAAAUUAUUGUUUCGUGUGAUUCAUUUCUUACCAAAGAAAAAGUAAAGUAACCGAUCAUUCGAAUAAAAUUGAUUUUUGGGGGUUGUUGGGUUGUACAGUUAAAUUGCUUUAUUUUUUCCCAAAAGAUGUAAAAUUUUACGUAAAUAGCUAUUGGCAUUUCGAUUCUAUCUUGAUGUUUGUUUGUUAAAAAUAGUACCAUCACACACAAAUAAUGAUUGAUGCUUUUUUUAAUCCUUUAUUAUAAAAUUUUGUAUAUUUUUUACCACGUUAAAUACGAUUAAUAUGAGUAUGUAGUGAAUAGUAACUAAAUAAGUCCGAUAGUUUGUUUUUAAACCAAGAGGAGUAAACUAAAAAGACAGAUUCACACCCAAGAAAGUCACUAGAAAUAUCACCAAAUACAUCUUUUUUUGGUUGAUCAUAUCGGCCUUCGACGGUGAUCCAUAGAUAUUAUAUUAUACUAAUACGUCUGUUUUUUAUAUAAACAAUUGUUUUUUAUAUAAAAGUAGACUAAAAACCUAAACAUUAAAGGAAGAACGCAGAAAACACAAAAAAUCGCCGAUAUAACUUAAUUAACCUAUGAAAUGGCAGUAGUGUCAACAUUUCAUAAAUGUCAUUAGCGUAAAAAUUUCAUAACGGUGGAGUAAACUUGUCUGAGGUUUGACUAAUUACAAACAAGUAUUACGGCGCGGUAAAUUUGAAUUACCCCUCUUGGUUUAAAGACAGACCAUAGUUAAAUCCGAGAAAUGUAGACCAAAUGAAAAUAUCCAUAUUGUAGAUUUUUACAAAAUUAAAUUAAAAAUUUGAAUAACAAUAUUGUUUAUAGUUCUAAAAAGAUUCAGUUAUUAAAAAGUAUUAAAAGUUAAAAUAAUAUUUUAUUUUCUAAAAAAAAAUAUGGCGCAUCAGUAGGAUUUCGAGAGUUGUCUUCUUGUUUUUUAGAAUUUUUGUGGAGUAGGUUCUUCAAGUCCACCGUUUUUUCAUUGAAAAAAUGGUGUGUUUGAAGAACAUCGGCAGCACAAAUAUCUACAACGUCCUUAGUUCUCUUAAAUUAUUUUGGUAACAGAGUUCCUGUUACAUACACAAUGCAUCCUUGUCACCCAGAACAUUUUUCUUUCUUCUGAACUAUUUCCAACCAGUGUAUACCUUAUGUGCCCUUAUCUUAUCCCUUGACGUACUGCUCCCCCAUAGGCUGAUCAGACAUUAGCGUAUUCCAGACUAAGUCUCAGAUUUAUUAGAAUUUCAAACUACUGCGUCAGUCUGUUUAUUUUUCUGUUCAUCGGGCUAGGGUUUGAACUCGCAUACCUCGCAGCGAAGCGAAGUGAGUCAGCCGCCUGUCCCGCUUGGCUAUCUGAUAAUAUUAAGUUAUAAUAGAUAAAUACUCUAAUAGUCUAAUUCAAAAAUGAAAUGAUUAUUUCUAAAAAAUCAAUCAUUAUUUGUUACACGACCGUACUAAUUGAUAUUUUUGAGAUAUUGUAAAUUUAGCUAUACAUAUAAGAAUCUUUAUUGAGCUUUCGUAUUAUCUUUAAACCAUUAUAAAAUUAUAUGGAUGGGGUUAAAACAUUUCAGUGUUAUGCUCGGUCUUCAGAUUGUUUCAUCUUUUCCUUACCGGUUUAUACAUAACAUUGUACAUAUUUCUUAUGGAUCGUUUGUAUAUGUUUUCGCUAGAUACAUUGCCGUACUGAAUUGCCAAAUUUUUAGACAUUAUACUUUUACUUUUGUAUCACUUUAAGAGUUACUAAAUCUUAAGUGUUAUAUAAUAAUUUAUUGAAAAAAUCUGUGCAUGUGGGAAUUGAGUCAAAAUAAAUAAACCUUGCGUGAAAUUUGACAAAAAUAUUGGAAUGGUAUCAGAUUGUUAAAUAUUUUAAAUACUAAUUGAUACUAACCAAAAUUGUUUUAAAAAGUAAUAAUUAUAGUUGCUUUUCAUAUACACUCACUGGCAAACCUAACCGCCCACUUUAUAUUCUUUAAAUUUGCAGAAAUUGUCAAUCUUGGACUAAAUUUUAUGAAAUAUACGGUGAAAACUACCGUUGAGGAAGAAAAAACAAUAUAAUUAUUGAAAAAAAGUCAAAAAUAAAAAUGUAUAACAUUUUUAUUCAGUUGCAAUGCGAAGGCAAAAACUGUCUUAUUUUUCACUUAGAACAGGGAGCGCAAACCAGCACUCUGACUCGACGAUUUUCGACUCUUUUUGGAGUCAUCAUCGGAGAGGCGUAGGCUUACUGCUCUCUGCUCGAAGUGACAAAACCACGAAAGCUUAUCCCCGAGUAGGUGACUUGCGUCAUCUGGCCACUGAAAGGCAAAGUUUUCAACCUAAUAUAAACAUUAAUAAUAUUGAAAAAUAUUAAAAAUGUUACAAAAAGAUUUUUAAUUGAAAACUUAUUGGUCCAUUUCCCUGGUAACACCUCCAUGGCUUCUAAAAAUCGCAAGCCAGAUGGAUGCUGCAGUGAAGACAAUAGGGAAUUCUAAAAAGUUGUUAUUCACAACCCCGUCUACAGCUUGGUAAAGUUCCAACGGAACUACGCCUCUCCGAUGAUGACUCCAAAAAGAUUCAAAAAUCGUCGACUCAGAGUGCUGGUUUGCGCUCCCUGUUCUAAGUGAAAAAUAAGACAGUUUUUGCCUUCGCAUUGCAACUGAAUAAAAAUGGUAUACAUUUUUAUUGUAUUAUUAUUACUCCUAUAGAGUAACUAGGUCCAUUUUCCGUUGCAACUUUACCAAGCUAUAGACGGGGUUGUAAAUUGCAACUUUUAGAAUUUCCUCUUGUCUUCACUGCAGCAUCCAUCUGGCUUGCAAUUUUUAGAAGCUAUAGAGGUGUUACCAGGGAAACGGAACAAUUUUUAAUUUAAAAAUCUUUUAGUAAUAUUUUUAAUAUUUUUCAAUAUUAUUAAUGUUUAUAUUAGGUUAAAAAAUUUGCCUUUCCGAAAAAAGUCGUUUACCAAGGGAUAUUUAGCAAAAAUUCAAUGUUUAAAAAUCUUCGAAGAAAAUUCAAACAAACAUAAUUUUGAAAAUCAUAGUCCAAUUAAAAAAAUUAUGAGUAUUAAUAAAGGGUAUUGCCACCUCUGGCCCUUAACCCCUUCGGACCGCCAUUCGGCAAGUCGGCUCCUAUAUACGGAUUCGACCGUUUACCGAGCGGCUUCGCGCGCAUCGCACAGUAUCACACUACAACUAAUGUAAAGUUAAUGUAAUAACACUAAUUUUAGAAAUAAAACUAUUUUUAUUAAAUUUAUUAUUCUACAUAGUAUGUGAGUUGAAUUAAAUUUUAUCCAUAAAAUACCAUUUUAAACAAAAAUUAGUAAAAAAGAUAAACAAGAUAAUUCGGAUGGAAUUCCCCAGAUUAUUUUGUGCUUGAUAUCGUCGCAGUCUCCUAUCUGGGAAAUUCCAUCCGAAUUAUCUUGCAAGGGAUAGUAAGGUAAGUUGUAAACAGCAGCACAGUACCUUCACCUCCCACACAAUCCCAUCAGACAAACAUCCAAACAAUCUUAUCACCAAUCAAAUUAACUAAAUCUAAUCUCCUUCUGGACAUCACCCACUUUUGGACGUGGUUUCCCCACUUUUAAAUUUGAAUAAGGUAAUUCGGACGGAACAAAAAUACCUGAAAUAUGAUGAAGAUGGUGUCACCGACUUAUGGCGAACGAAAACUCAUGAUGCUCCCAUGUGCAUCACCGUACUGACCGGACAGUCAAGCAUGAUGCACACGGGUGCAUCACCGUACCGAAGGGGUUAAGGACUUCUUGGAGCCUGUUCGCCAAUCUAUUUACAAUAUCCUGGACAUCCGAUUGGGAGAUAUUGUGCCACUUCUCCUCCACAGCCGUCUUGAGCUUUCCGAAUGAUGUAGGGGCUGGUACUCUUGCACUUAACCGUUUUUUGAGAUUGUCCCAAAUUCCCAAAUGUGUUCAAUUGGGUAAGGGUACACACAUAGUGCAAGCGGUUUCCGCUUACGGACAAACCGCGCGAAUCUGAGCGGUUAUCGCGCGCGUGAAUGGUAACACAGUGAAUACGGGUAAAAGCGAGAAAAAUCGUUCAAAUCUGUCAGUUGCGUCUACAACUUCCGGCAAAAUAUCGUCUUCUGAUGACGAUAUUAUUGUUUUUGAUUCUAUUUUGACUAAAUUGAAAAGAAAACAAGUUGUAAAGUAAAAAAAAGUUGUAAAUUGUAAAGAAAAAAAAAACAAGUAAAAAUAAAAAAAACAAGUAAAAGUAAAAAUAAGUAAAAAAAAAGUUGUAAAUUGAAAAGAAAACAAGAUUAUUAUGUUCUUAAUCGCGAAAGAAUAAUUUAUGGAGAAUAUCAUCAUAUAUUUCAAAACUUAAAAUAAGAUAAUGAAAGAAAGUGAAAUAUCGUUCUCCCUUGUGUCCCAAAUCCCUGGUCUUUCAAAAACUGCAGUAAUCAAUGCCUCCUUAUUCAUUUUACAAACGCUAAACCCGCGCUACAAAAAGCGGAAAUAAACUAAAUUUAACUAAGUACGCGUACAUGUAAAAACGUGCAUUCAUUUUGAAAACGUAUAAAAGCGGGUCAGCGCGGUUUGACCGUAAGCGGAAACCUCUUCAACUGUGUUCGUUUACUUACGAUCGGCACUGCGUGCCGGUCAUGGUAAUACUUGAAUCCCAACCUCAUCACUUGUCACAGUUGAUUCUUGUGGUAUGGCAAUGUGCAUUGUCAUGCAUUAUAAAGUUAUAUCUAAAGUGUCACCGAUGAACGGUGCGAACGGCAUGACAUGUUCUUGGAGAACUUCUUCUACGUAUCUUCUUCAAGCAUUCACACUGUCACUAUCGAACACAGCAAGAUCGGUACGAGCUUCGUUAGAGAUACCUUCCCAAAUCAUUAUUGACCCUACUUUUCGGUCAUAGUGCAUGAAGCAAACCUUUCAUUUUAACGCCUGUAGACACGAGGACGUCCAUCUGGACCUCUUAGGGCUAUUCUGCUCUCGUCUGAGAACACUAUGUUCUUAGUAUAGCUCUACGGUGUUGGGGGAGCAGCUGUGUGGCGCGCUCUGAAGGGAAAACCCUCAAAUUUCUUUCUGCUAGUCUUCUUCUAAUUGUACGUUCACUCGCACUAUCAUUUCUCACCUCAAAAAGACGCGUACGAGCUUCAGGAGCGGUGCAAAAGCGAUUUCUCAGCACGUUGCUGACAAUGAAGCGGCUAUCUCGAAUUUUAGUCCAUAGAUGUCGGCCUUGAUCUGGCCUGCGGGUGUAUGAAUCUGUCUCCCGAAAUUUUCUGAUAGCAUCCCGUACCGUAGUUCAGCCCCUAUCGGAGAACUCAAAGACAGCUGCUGUACAGGAGUGGCAUAAUAUUUCCGAAUCGGAUAUCUAGGAUAUCAUGAUUGCCAAGAACCGGCCCCAAGAAGUUUUAAGGGCCAGAGGCCGUAACACGCAUUAUUAAUACUCGUAAUUCUUUUUAAUUAGACUAUGAUUAUUUUCAAAAUCAUGUUUGUAUGAAUUUACAAACACUGGAUUUUUGCUAAGCAUCCCUUGAUAAACGACAUUUUUUUUUCAAAAAUUUUACUGUUUUCUCUUCCUCAAAGGUAGGUAGCUUACUAGUUUUCACCGUAUCUUUCAUGAAAUGUGGUCCAAGAUUGACAAAUUCUGCAAAUUUACAGAAACCCAAGGAGGGCGGUUAAUGUUGCCGUGAGUGUAUUGUAUGUGGCUAGGAGCCAGCAACAUUUGCAACUGUUCAUACAUUUCUACAAUAUUACUUGAAUUGGUCAAGGAAAAGAUGGAAGUAAAUAUUAUAUAGUAUAUAUACAUACAUGACGAUUUUUUAAAUAUUUUUUGUUACUUAAAAGAAGUAAAGUUUCUUUUUUAUUUGAAACGCCAAAAAUAUAUAUUUAUCAUUAUAUUAGAAAAUAUAGUGAAAACGUUUUGUUCCUUUUUUGUACAUAUUUAUAAUUUUAGAUUUGGCCGCGUAGUCGCGCCACUUAGCAUAGUUUCUGUGUUCAGUCAGUGCACGAUCUGAAUGCAUGGGAAAAGUUUUUCUUUUUUAGUUGUUUUUCAUUCUGCAUUUGUUUUCUAGAUGGAUUUUAGUCCAAAUAAUCAUAUGCAUUGUUAGAAAUUAUAAAUACACAUGACAUACAAAUUCUAUGUGUUUUAAUGUAACAUAUUUGAAGUUAAAUUCAUCUGGCACUUAUAGUACAUAUUCAAUUAAUGAAUCUUCUUGUUAUAUCCUAUCAAACUGCGCCAUUUUUGAGAAAUUCUGUAAUUCGACAUGAGGUGUUGGUGUUUGUUAGCAAAAUAAUCUGAUUUUUCCUAUUUAAAAGACUAUUAGACUAUUAUUGAUGGUACAACCUGCUAUAUGCGAAGAAAAGUCUAAAAUCUGACUGCACAGAGUAAUGAAAUUACACCAAUACAGUAAUGUAUAAAGCUCCAAUGUUCGUCAGCAUCAUGCAGCCUCUUCCGUCCACCGCUGGACAUAAGUCCCAUUUUUCGCCACCCUUCACUCUGUUUAAUGUCGUAUUAGUCUCUCUACGUAUUUUAGUCUCGCUACGUGACCUGCCCAAUUCGACGACAUCAGUGAUACCUGUUUUUUUCCUCGGGUCUUGAUUUCUUAUUUUGUCUUUUUUUUUGUUACCCGAGAAUCGAUCUUUCCAGGCGCCUUUGUGCCACUCGCAUUUUUAGUGCUGUUGUUUUUGUGAGCGUGAGAGUUUCUGCUCCGUAUAAUAUCAUUAAUAGGAAAAACGCAUCGGUAAAAUGUUUUCCGUUUAAUAGCUAUCGGGAUGUUGCCCUUAAAGAUGUCUCUUAGUGAACCACACGCCACCCAAGCAAGUGUUAUUCGUCAUUGAAUGAGGCGAGAUAUAUGUACUUUUCUGUCAAUAAAUUUUGGAUGGUUAGGUGUUCGCUGGAAAUUAAAUUUGUCUAAAAGUUUAUAUAUGUUAAUAUAAAUUCUUAACGACAAAUGAUGCUUAAAAACAAUAAUUAAGUACAUCAAGUAGGUUGUUCUUGUCAUUCGAUGAAGAAAGGACGAGUUUAUGAUUUGCAAUACAUAUAAUUUUUAAUUUAAGAUUCUUGAAGUAAUGAUUUAGUGUAUAUCCCACGCACAAAUUUUUUGAGAUUGAGAACAGCCAAAUGUCAGAGGGUGCUAAAGCUGGUGAAUAGGUUGAAAGUUGCAACAAUUUCUAUUGUAAUUAGUAAUUUUUGUCACUGGUUUCAGAUCACUAACAUUUACUUGGCCCAUUUCCGGGCUCUAACUCACUUAAGUGUUGAAAUAUUUCAAGUUUUCAAGUGAAAUGUUUCAAGUGUGUUUUUUCAAUUGUGAGUGAAUACGGCACCCAUUGUUGCUUUUUGAGACCCACAACUUCAGCCAAAAUAUUUCGUAUACUGCUUAAUGAAAUUUUACUAAAUUUGCUUCUUUACUGGGUUAUUCGACGAUAUUUCAGAACAUUAUCCUAUAUUUGAUGCACUUUUUGUACGUCAUUCAAACAAAUCGUCUUUAAGACGAUUUUAUGAAGAAGUAUAAAUUGAGCAACCCAUUUUUCUAGUGGGAGAAUUGAAGGUGAGGAGUCCUUAUAUACUUUUAAGAAUCGUUUUGGUGCUACAGCUUCCACUAGAUUAAAUUUUUCCACUAAGAAAUACUAUGCCACGCCAGCUUCAAUAAAUUAGUAAAUAUAGGAAUGAGCUGACAGAUUUACAUGAAUAAAAAAAAAGAAAUACCCGUUUAUUGUACUAAUAUUAUGCAAAUGUCAAACAGUAUUUACAGUCUUCUUUCUUCUUCUUGUUAACGUUCCGUUUCUGCACAGCUUAAUGUAUGGGACCGCACUUCUUUGGGUACCUGAUCCUCUAUGCUGCUGGGCUCCUGGACAUCUGUUUCUGUUGGUACUAUUUUGCUACGUACUUUCCCUUCCACAUAAAAUAUACGUUCGUCUUGACAGUAGUAACAGUUUUAGAAAAAUAAAACGCCAUCUCUCAUCGAGCGACAAAAAUUAUUGAACAAGCUUUGAGGCGAUUCGGGACAUAACCGGUAAUCACAUCCUAACUCAGACCAGAAAAACAUGUUUGCCUCUCAAUUAAUUCGAUAAGUAUAGUGUAUUACUUGUCAUAUGAUUCCAUUUUUAAAUAAUUUUACAAAUUUGUGUACCAACUUUAGACGGGUAAUAUUUUAUGAAAAUUAGUCACAACUUUAAUAAAUGGUUAAAAUCCUUAAAUCUAUGUCAUUAUUUUGAUUUUAUAUACGGAGUAAAUAUAAAUAACUUUAGUUUUCCUUAAAUAUGCAUAUGUUUCUCGAAAAUCCAUCUAGAAACACACAAACAAUAUUUAUCUACAUCUUGUACAUAACUUAAAAUUUGGUAUACGUAUGAUGAAGUUUGAAAAUAAUUAUAAUAUUGUUUUUCGUUAUGCCAUAGGUACGUAGUUUAAACAGGAAAAGUCAGGUGUGGUGGUCUCAUAAUAUACUUAUUGAAUUAUUAAUUGUCGAACUACUAGUUUUAAAGGUUACUUCAGACCGAUUCUGUUGUGUGCUUUAUAUAAUUUAAUCAUGUAUAGUUUCUUUACUACAAACAUACGAUUACGUCAUUCAAGAUUUCUGACGUCAGAGCGGUGCUAAAACGUUAUAGUAGGACUUUUCGUCAUGGCCAUGUUCCUCGUACAGUGAGAAGUUAGGCAUCAUUCAUUUUUCGUUGUUCUUCUUUACUGUACAAAUAAUAUCUAUAAUUCUUAUUAAAGUAAUAUAUAACUAAUAGAGAUGAAAAUCAUGUUCUGUUUUGGCAAUGCUCUGAAGUCAGAAAUAUUCAAUGAAGUAAGCUUAUUUUUGUAGUAAAAAAACUAUGCGUAUGGUUAGCGUAGUGUCUUAAAUAUAUUUGUUAUAAAAUAUUCAGUUCGUGGAAGUUAGAUAUAUGUUUUGAAUUAAAAACUUUCAGUAAUAACCAAUGCAGGUCAGACAUGUUUUUGGGACCAUCAUACUCUCGACUAAAUGUAAUUUUUUAUGACCACAACACACAUACAGACUCAAAAUUUAUAUGCUGCAUGAAAAUUUAUGUUAUUGUUUUGUUUUGUAAAGGCUGUCAGCAUUUUCUGCAAUUUUUAUUUGUAUUUUUUUUUUCUCAAUAAAAUAAUUCAUAUAAUCAUGCCUGACAAGUA